GCCCCUGCCGCCAGUCGCCGCAGUGACUGCCGGGAUGCGCCGCAGCGAAUGGUCGCGCGGGGCGCCGCUCUGAGUGACCUUUCACCCGCGCCCAGCGGCCUCGGGCGGCGGCACAAGCCGGAAGCCAUGGCGGAGGCGGCGGGCGAGGCGGGCGCGAGCGAGCGGGACCCGGACGCGGGCCGCGCGCACCGGCGGCUGCGGAUUCUGUCGGGCCAUCUGCUGGGCCGGCCCCGGGAGGCUCCGAGUACCAAUGAGUGCAAAGCGCGGAGAGCCGCGUCGGCGGCCGGGGCGUCGCCCGCCGCCACUCCCGCCGCGCCGGAGUCGGGCACCAUCCCCAAGAAGCGGCAAGAACUUAUGAAAUGGAAUGGAUGGGGCUAUAAUGAUUCCAAGUUCUUCUUCAAUAAGAAGGGCCAGGUUGAGCUGACUGGGAAAAGGUACCCUCUUAGUGGCUUGGCUUUACCAACUUUGAAAGACUGGAUCCAGAACACCCUUGGAGUAAGUCUGGAGCAUAAAUCUACCUCUAAACCAUCCUUAAAUCCUAGUGAAGCGCCUCCUUCUGUUGUGAACGAAGACUUCCUUCAGGAACUUAAAGAAGCUCGCAUUUCCUACUCACAGGAAGCGGAUGAUCGAGUGUUCAGAGCUCACGGUCACUGUCUUCAUGAGAUAUUCUUGCUCAGGGAAGGGAUGUUCGAGCGGAUUCCUGAUAUAGUUGUAUGGCCAACAUGUCAUGAUGACGUGGUUAAGAUUGUGAACCUAGCAUGCAAAUAUAACCUUUGUAUCAUCCCAAUUGGUGGAGGAACAAGUGUGUCAUAUGGCUUGAUGUGUCCUGCAGAUGAGACAAGAACAAUAAUUUCUUUGGACACUUCACAAAUGAACCGGAUUCUCUGGGUUGAUGAGAACAAUCUGACAGCUCACGUAGAGGCUGGGAUAACAGGACAAGAUUUGGAAAGACAGCUUAAAGAAAGUGGUUACUGUACAGGUCACGAGCCAGACUCCCUGGAGUUCAGCACCGUGGGAGGGUGGAUAUCUACGCGAGCAUCAGGCAUGAAGAAGAAUAUCUAUGGCAACAUUGAGGACCUGGUGGUUCAUAUGAAAAUGGUGACACCCAGAGGUGUAAUAGAGAAGAGCUCCCAAGGACCUCGCAUGUCAACGGGCCCUGACAUCCAUCACUUCAUCAUGGGAUCUGAAGGAACUCUUGGUGUAAUAACAGAAGCUACAAUAAAAAUCAGACCAACCCCGGAAUACCAAAAGUAUGGCUCGGUAGCUUUUCCUAAUUUUGAACAAGGAGUAGCCUGUUUAAGAGAAAUUGCAAAGCAGAGAUGUGCUCCUGCAUCCAUCCGCCUCAUGGACAACCAGCAGUUUCAGUUUGGUCAUGCUCUUAAACCUCAGGUCUCCUCUAUUUUUACAUCAUUUUUAGAUGGAUUGAAAAAGUUUUAUAUUACAAAGUUUAAAGGAUUUGAUCCGAAUCAACUAAGCGUAGCCACGUUACUGUUUGAGGGGGACCGUGAGAAGGUUCUUCAACAUGAAAAACAAGUAUAUGACAUCGCUGCAAAAUUUGGAGGUCUGGCAGCUGGAGAAGAUAAUGGGCAGAGGGGGUACUUGCUGACUUACGUCAUUGCAUACAUGCGUGAUUUGGGUCUGGAAUACUAUAUAGUAGGAGAAUCUUUUGAGACUUCUGCUCCCUGGGACAGGGUUAUAGACCUGUGUAGAAAUGUAAAAGAGAGGAUCAGAAGGGAAUGCAAAGAAAGGGGGGUUCAGUUUGCACCCCUGUCUACAUGCAGGGUGACGCAGACCUACGAUGCAGGAGCGUGUAUCUACUUCUAUUUUGCCUUUAACUACAGGGGAAUUAGUGACCCGCUGACUGUGUUUGAACAAACUGAGGCAGCUGCUAGAGAAGAAAUCCUUGCCAAUGGAGGAAGCCUGUCACAUCACCAUGGAGUGGGCAAGUUACGGAAGCAGUGGCUGAAGGAGAGCAUCUCUGAUGUCGGCUUUGGGAUGCUGAAGUCUGUCAAAGAAUAUGUGGACCCCAGUAACAUCUUUGGAAACAGAAACCUUUUAUAACUCCAUUAAUAUCAUUAUGAAAACGUUACCUUUAAAAGUCAUCAGCUAUGGUUAUACCAGUAAUCAAAUAGAUCAUGGACUGUAUUUCAGCUACAUUUGUUUGUUGGUUUAAAAUGAGUUGGCUUUUGUUCUGUGCUUUGUUUCUACAUGUAUAGAUUGACAGAUGUUCCUGGGUCUCUCAUUGUAGGUGUACCAGUUUAUAGCCAACUGACUGGUAGUCAUUUCAGAUUUUAGUCAGGCAGCACAAGGCUGCCUGUUAUCUGAGGAGGAUGCUGCCAGCUGUUUCCCGUGCUCCUCCCUAGGUGAGCUGAGGCAGAUGGUGUCAUCCGUUGCUUGUCUAGCUGUCUUAUGUUGCGUCCUUUCUUCAACGUUUCUCUAAAGCAGCAAAGAUUCUGCUGGUGAGAGGUAUUUGUGUAUGUUGUUAAAACAUUCUUCCUGUGAGCAGGCCUUUGAGGAGGACACUUAUGACCCAGCUGGCAGUCUGUUACUAGCAUGCCUUCAUCUGUAUAAGGUGCUCAGCCUAAGCUUUGCGUGAAGUGAAUACAGUUACAAACUAAAAUUGCCAACAUACACAUUACUCUGUGAGCAGACACAUUUUUGACCUUGUGUCUGUUUCUAGUAGGGUGCAAGUUGUGCUUGUGUCACUGAGGUGUAACCUUUGGCUGUGUCCUAGAUCAUCCAUAACACGCUUUGUAAGGAAGCUGACUUACACUUGAAGAGCAGGUUUCACCACGCAGCGAAGCUCAUUGCCCGUCCUCCAGUCCUCACGUUUCUGCUGUCCCAUGCUUGUUGCCGGGUUGCACAAGCAGCUGCAGCGGGAACAAAAGGAAGGCUCCUGGACCCGCUGUCUCCAGUUUAAAGAGACAGUUGACUUGGGGAUUUGAAAGCUUCAGUAAUUUUAAUGACAACAAUCCUGUUUUCUAAUUAGUCACAGAUAGCCUGAUAAAUUUUCAUGGCAAAAUAGUUUCAGUUUAAUUCUUAAUAAUAAUUUAAUGCUUUUUUGAAUUACUGGUUUAACCUAAAUUUAGAAAAAUGUAUGAGUGCAUAUGCCAUAAUCAGAAGUUUGAAAUAUCCUAUUUCUUAAAUAAAAAGGAGAAUAUUAACCACAUUUAGCAGACAUUUUUACAUUCAGAACUGGAUAUUGAAAUUUGUGGAGCGAUUGCUUUAAAUCACUGUGUUGAGGUUCCUGAUUCACAUUUUGAGAUGGGUUCUUUUCUUAAUGCAAUACCUAACUUUUGAUAAUUUUUUAAAAUUAAUAUUUAAUCAGAUGAUGUAAGUCAAAAUGCAGACGAUCCUUUAAAAGGACACACUGUCUGUUUAUGUAGCAACAGCUCCAAAUACGUUGGGGCAGUUUCAUACCUUUUAUAUAUGAAGUAGCCUUAAGCAGAACAGUGAAAACUUAAAAUUGACAAAAGGAUAUUUUUAAGAACUCAAAAAGAUAAAUAAUUUUUAUCUAUUAAAAUUGGCCUCAAACUAACAAAUUUAAAUCUGUAGGAAAAUUAAUAUUAAGUAUUAGUUUAACAACAACUCAAUAUUUAUUUUUGGAAGCUGCCUCUUUAUUGAUGAUUUAUUUUUAAUUAUAAAAUUUACAUCAGAUCUUUGAUUAAAGACUUUGAUGGUUUGAAAUAGCUGGACACUUGAGGAAAUUGCCUCUAGAAUUAUUAGAUUCUUUGUAAAAUGCUUCUCUUCAUGAAGGCGAUUCUCUAAUUGGUCAUUGAAGUGUAACAUUUAGUAAGAUUCCAUCAUCUCGCUGGAAGUGUCUACAUCUUCCCAAGGAAUUAUUUUAAGACACAGUUUCAUUAGCAGAUGCAGCUCCUUGCAUGUGAUUGUUAAAAUAUUUUCCUCAAGGCAUUCAGAUUUCCACAGCCUUGGCAGUCUGUACUGUGUUGUAACUAACACUGGAAGUUGUUGGGUUCCCUGUACUCAUAAGCUUUAUGGCAGUUCGCAGUCUUUGUUUUUCUUUUCUGUGUAUGCAGGCCUCACAAGCCUUGAUUCUGUAAUGGUUACUACAUUUUGUAUUUGAAAUAAUUUCUACAGGGAUCAUUUUGGAACACGAGAAUGUUCAUUUGCAGUGUUUCACUCUCGUGUAAAUCAGGAAGCCUUCCCACCUGCUUCUGAGAGUGCCUCAGUGUAGACUAUGUCUGCUGAGGAACGUGAGUUCAUGAAUAUGCACAAAGCACUUAAACCUUGCCUCCUCUCUCGGAACUGUCUGCACUUGGCUUCAUGAAGCUCAACCCAGGAGAAUAUUGUUCUCUGAAGCAUCUUAACUUGUACGUUAGUUUCUUUAAAAGUUGCAGCCUGUUGGACUCGUCCUUCUUAUGAAAGCCAUAUAUGUGAUGUUUUGCUUGAAUCUGAUGAGGUCACAUGUAGGUGGGGGUUUCAGUGGAAUGGGACCUUGCUGCUAAUGAGAAGUGAAGUGAGAAGUCUCAACAGACAGGCUCCACUGACCUUGGAGAAAGCUGCCACAGUGUGUGGGGCCGUGUGUAAUGGUGCAUAAGUGAGCUGAGUCUCAUGCCAGAGAAGGUUCUGCACCUCUGACGUAGCCGCAUUGUGGAGGACACGUGCUCCUUGUGUCCAGCAUUUGUCAAAGAAUAAAGGAUUCAACUUUGCUCUUUUUAGGAAUGGGAGGUUGUUACUCAAAAUGCUUAUACAUUAUAGGAAUAUUGAUCUAAGGUUAUUUUUGGGUCUGGAAGCCUUCUCGUAUGCAUAUUUGUGCUGUUGGUGUUAUUUUGGAAAACAAAAGAUCAAUAAAAGACAAGCUUCCAUCAAUGUGUAUAUUAUAUCAGAUAUAAACACAUGUAAGAACCCUCCCUUUUCCCCUCCAGAAUAUAGUACUGAGUCCUAGUUUGCAUAUUUGAAAAAGCCUUUCUGCAUGUUGAUCCCAGAGAUACUUGUUUGUCAUAUUCUUUGAUCCCAACAACUUCUAAGUGUAACUGAUCAGGGAAGCUUUGAAGCCCUGACAUGAAGUGUGUUGCUGCAGGUGGGGUGGUUUGGUAUCACUGUCAGAGCACCGUGAUGUAGAAGGAUUGCCUUACACCGCGUCGUGACAACACUUGAGGCAGCCACAGGUGCUGUCUGUGGAAGGUGUAUCUUGUGUGAGGAGCGUUAGACCCAGUGAUGAAUAGUUUUAGUGAUUUUGAGGGUCUUAGCCCUCACUCAGUCUUCAGUGGUUUUGGUUUUAACAGGGCUCAGCUCAACAGGAGCAAAGCAGGCAGCACAGCAGCUGCAGGUGAGGGCUACAGAGACCCGAGUUUUCGCCAUUGGCUGGUCAGUCGGGGAGGCUUCGCUUGCCUUGGCUUGGCGCUUAUGUUCCAUUAUGAGCCAUCUGCCUACAGAGUCAUUUAGUUCUUAUUAAUUUCUCUUUACUGAGGAAAGGAAAUCACUUGCACACAAUAGGGAAAUCCUGAAAGUAUAAAAGGUUUUCUCAAACUGUUGAUAUGUCUGACUUGAAGGAUGUAACCAGCUCUCUGUUCCUUAAACCAAAUAGCAUUUGUCCUCAGUGUGUGAGACAUACCUGUAACAUCUGCUUGUAUAAUGUCAAGAGAUUAUAGAAACAUUGUUAAUAAAAUGGACAUGAGCCUAUGAUUUUUUUAAAUCAAAGGAAGUGUGAAGCUGUUUUUUUUUUCUUCUCUUUGCAUAUGUUUUCAGCUUUACUUUUUUAUUCUGUAUCUCCUUGAAGUUGAAGGUAGAAGAUAAUUUUUAUAAGUCUGCUAAUGUAGCACUAUCAAGAAAACCUCACUGGCUAACUCGCUUUGGCUAUAUAGCCGAGUAGAUCAUAAGCGAGGUUACAUCAGUCUCGGGCCAUUUUUAGACUGAGAUUAAACUCCUGGGUGGUGUUGAGUCUGUGAUGCGGGAGCAUUCUUUUCCAAGCCUGGCAGGUCACAGCGAGCAUUCGCUCACUCUCCUAAGUACAGUCAGCUCCUUAAUGCGGGGGUAAAGGUCACCAACAGAUGCCAUACCUGAGCCAAAGAACCCUCACAGAAGAGCCUCUAGUUCUGUGCACAUCUAAAGACUCCCCCCAAAGGGUGGUGGUGAUUCAUUUUUAAAGCAGGAAUAAGUAAUACAUUGUUUGAAUAUUUUUUUUUUUUUUUUAAGAUACUGGCGGCUUACUUCCUGAGAGCAAGGAAAUAGGAAAAAGAAAUCUUGACCAUAUUUUGCUCGGCUACACAUGCUGAUUGGAAGGCAGCCGGCUAGUGUUUCUCAGCAUCACAGCAUGCAUCCUGUGAGACACCAUCUGCUCGCUGUCCACAGAGGUCCUGCGACGCCUGCAUCAGGGUGGUUCUUUUAGAUAGGUAUUUCCUGAGUGAUGACGUAGGCGAUAUCCCCUAAAAGCUCACAGUGCCUUUUUGGGAUGUUUCUUUUUCCAUGAAACGGUUUAAAAUGAGAGAGGGUACGUCUGUAAAGACAAAGAUGAUUUAGCAAUUCAGUGUCACAUCAGACUUUGGUGGUUGUAUGUAGAAACACUCUCCAGUGUUGGUUUGGGUUAUCUGUAUCGGUUAGUUAUAUGCUGGACAUGGACUCAAACAUCUAACCACUCUGUGGGACUUGUGUCUCCAUUUCAUUCCUACUGUUCCAGUCCAGUUGCCCUGAGAUGUGGCUCGGCAAACCUUGAGACACCGCUCUCUGCUCACACAGCUUCCUGAGGAGUGGAGCCCAGAAGCAGGGUUUCUAGUUGUUACGCUGUGUCGUCUUCUCUGUGUGUGAUGGUGCUUUCGGAAUCAUGAGUAUUUUGUUCCUGGGCAGAAAAAAAAACUUCUGUGAGAAGUGGGGGUGUUCUCUACAGCUUUUCUUUUUUUGCUAAGUAUGUGAAAUACUUUGCUGUGAUCCAACUUGACUUGAAUAAUAUCCUGAGUCUUCCUCCAUGGCGGGUCAUGUUUCUGCCAGUACUGUAGUAAUCUUUUGGGAACUACCUGUGGGUAAACUGUGUACGUAAGCCAUUAUACCGCUGUAAUGACUGCAUAGGAAACAGUCCUCUUCCCUUUACGCUUACCGUCUAAAUGUGGGUAUGCUGUGGGAGGGCGACACCCCUGAGAGGCCCUAGUCGGCUUGCCAAGUUCAGCCUGAGCCACGCUGCUCCUUUCCACAAGGGCUCAAUGCAUAGUCCAUAUCCCACGCUUUCAGUGUGUGUUCGGAAUUUCCUUUUACUGGUUUUUCUUAGACUGUGUUGUUUUAAAACAGAAGUGCCCAUGUGUAAUUUUUUAAGAUGUGCUGGGAACAAAUAAAACAUUUCUAAAACCA